AUGGAAAGAAAGAAUCAGACUGUGGUAACUCAGUUUGUUUUCGUGGGCCUCACAGACAAUCUCCAGCAGAAGAUGGUGCUUUUCAUCACACUUCUCCUUGUUUACCUAGUCACUCUGGGGGGUAACUUGGGGAUAAUCAUUCUCAUAUGGGUUGACCCCAAACUCCACACUCCCAUGUACUUUUUUCUUAGCCACUUGUCUUUUGUAGAUCUCUGUUCCUCUUCGUCCAUUGCUCCGAAGAUGCUGAAUGAUAUCUUUGCAGAGAUAAAAGGCAUCUCUUUUGGAGGCUGUGCUGCACAGAUGUGGUUCAUUGGUCUCUUUGUGGGAACAGAAUGUUUCCUGCUGGCCUCUAUGGCUUAUGAUCGCUACACAGCCAUCUGUAAGCCUCUGCUGUAUCCUCUUAUCAUGUCCCCGCAGUUCUGUGUGCUGCUCGUGGUUGGGCCUUAUGCCAUAGCUGUCCUAAACAUCACAACCCAUACGGCUUUCACAUUUUGCUUACCUUUCUGUGGCCCACAUGUGAUCAACCACUUUUUCUGUGACAUUUCCCCAUUGCUUGCCUUAGCAUGUGUGGACACUCAGAUAAAUACAUGGGUGCUCUUUGUCUUCUCUGGAGCUAUCGGAGUGCUCAGUGGUCUAGUCAUCACAACCUCCUAUGCUUACAUUCUGGUUACCAUCUUGAGGAUCCAGACAACCAGUGGGAGGCAGAAAGCCUUCUCCACGUGUUCUUCUCACCUGGCAGCUGUCAGCAUCCUCUAUGGGACUCUUUUCUUUAUUUAUGUUCGACCUAGCUCAAGGUCCUCCUUGAAUAUCAAUAAAGUGAUUUCUGUGUUUUAUACGGUGGUGAUCCCCAUGUUGAACCCUCCCAUAUACAGUUUGAGGAACAAGGAGAUGCAAGGUGCAUUCAGGAGAAAGUUCUAUAGGAAACAAGAUGGGUAA